AAGUUAGUCCAUUUUUGUGGGUAUAAAUCUAUACUUAUUAUGCACAAUUUCUUGCCUUGUGCAAAAAUCAAACAUACUCAUUUUUAUUAGGACAUUGACAUCGAUUUUUACAUUGACAUCCAUGCACAUUCAACUCUUAGCAAUUGUUUUAUGUAUGGGAAUAUCUAUGAUGACGAAGACAGGUUUCAACGGCAAGCAGUGUUUCCACGUCUCAUGUGUUCCAAUGCUGAUGACUUCAGCUUUGCAAACACUGCUUUUAACCGGGAUGUGGUGAAAGCAGGAACUGGAAGAAGGUUUCUAGGUGGUAUAUUAGAUGAAUCAUCAUACUGCUACACUUUAGAAGUUUCUUUCUAUAACUACUUCAACGGCUUAUCUCCAAAUCCUAUUCCUUACACUGAAGAGACCUAUAUGAGAAUUGGAAGAAAUUUGGCAAAAACUUUCACAGACUACUACAAACUCACACCUCAACUUGUACCAAAGCCAACAGCAUCAAGCUUUCCCUACAAGGAUAAAGAGAAAUCCAAAAAAAAAUUGUCAAGAAUUUCUGGCAAUUCCACAUCCAGCAAUGGCCAUAGUGGAAUUCGAAACACAACUAUAUCUCCAAUUCCAAGGCUGCGUCAACGUGACAGACCAUGAUAAACUAAUUACUUAUAGUUUCAUUAAAUGAAAUUUAGAAUAGAAUUUAAGUAUUAGUUGUUAAUGUUUCCAUUUGUUUUGUAAAAUUCUUCAAAAUAUAAACAUUGAUCUUUCUGUUCUUUAACAUAUUGUAUAUUAAAUGAAACUUCUUGCCUGCUAAAUGUAGUAUUUCUAAUUAAAAUUUUACACAUCUGGAUAAUUCUGUUAAUGUUAAGAAUUCAUUACAGCUGCAUAUAAAUUUCUUACGUGUUGUUCUGGUGUAAGUACACAUUUAAGUACAUAUCUCGAUCAUUGCUACAUCUGUGUUCUAGAAAAAGUGGACCAUAAUAAGCCUCUAUGAAUCUAUGUAUAUAAACUGUUGCCAGCAGGAAUAUUCAAUUGUUUUCUAAAAGACAAAAUUUUUUGUUUUCCAAAGUACCUAUUAUUUUGUGAGACAUUUCGAUUUACCGGGUAAAUGACAGCAGCUUAA